CAAGCGCGCGCGUAUACGAUACACACGUCGCGCACCCAGUGAUCUGCGCGGUUGUUUGCCUAAACGUGCUGCGUGACGGGUGUGACUACAAAACGCCGAUUUAAAACGGCACAGGAGCAAGAGUAAACCAUGGAUAAUACAACAGUGACCGUGGAGAACGGAGAAGAAAUAGUAAAAGUGCAUAAAAUGCAUAUAUCCAAGCCAGUUCCUAAUAGGACCUCAUAUAUGAAUGGCCCCGACCAGCUGCUUCCUGCAACUAGCUAUAUAACGACAUACGCUGAUGGAGCAGUAAAGCUACGGAUCGCUCCUCGAGGUUUAGCUUCUGAACGACCACUGUCAGUACCGGGCUUACUCAAUCAAUCAGUUGCCAGAUAUCCUGAUGCCAUAGCUUUGGCGUCGAAGAAGGAAGAUGGAAAAUGGCAUAAACUUACAUAUACACAAUAUCGAGAGAAGGUCCGAAUUAUUGCAAAAGCCUUUCUGAAACUUGGUCUGGAAAGAUAUCAUUCAGUGUGCAUCCUCGGUUUCAACACUGAACAAUGGUUCAUUGCUGAUUUAGCAGCGAUUCAUGCUGGAGGUUUCGCUGCGGGUAUCUACACAACAAAUUCAGCAGAAGCUUGUUUCCACUGCCUAGUGACGUCUCGCGCCAACAUCUGUGUAGUACAGGACAAGAAGCAGCUGGACAAAGUACUGUCUGUACGAAACAAAUUGCCCCAUUUAAAAGCUAUUGUACAAUGGGAGAAUCCUGUCGAUACUUCAAUACAAGGACUCUUUUCGUGGGACCAAAUUCUGGAGAUCGGAAAGAAGGAACCUGAUGAUCAAUUAGAUUACAUACUGAAACAUAUGGCUGUGAAUGAAUGCUGCACUCUGGUAUACACGUCGGGAACAGUGGGUUCGCCAAAAGCUGUAAUGCUGUCUCACGACAACCUGACUUGGGACGCUUUUUCCAUCGGUCAACGUGUGGCCGACGUCUACGUCGGCGAGAAACUGGUUUCGUUCCUACCUCUAAGCCACGUCGCUGCGCAGGUGGUGGACAUUUAUACUACGUUAAUGCACGGCGUUACUGUAUUUUUCGCUCAACCCGACGCAUUAAAAGGCAGUCUAGUCGAGACCCUAAAAGAAAUAAGACCUACUAGGUUUUUGGGAGUACCUAGAGUGUGGGAGAAGAUGCACGAGAAGAUUGUAGCAGUAAGUUCCACCAGCGGUUUCCUUACCAGAUGCAUUGCAAACUGGGCUAGAGACAAGGGUCUCAAGCACCACCUUGCCAGGAUUGAUGGUUUUCAUACGGCCGGAAUGCGGGGUCUUCCUAUAGACUUCUCUACCCUCGAAAUGUUGACAUACUGGCAGCGGGGCACAUCAUUUGGAUACAAAAUGGCGAAGUCACUGGUGUUUAAUAAGGUGCAUGCGACCCUGGGCUUAGACAAGUGUACGACAUUCGUAACAUCAGCAGCGCCAUUAUCGGCAGACAUCAAGAAAUUUUUCUGCUCUCUCGAUAUGCCAAUCAUGGAAGCCUUUGGAAUGAGUGAGCUCGCUGGCGCGCACACUCUCAGUAUUUAUCCCGGAUUUUCGCUAGAUGCUAGUGGGGAAGUACUAGGUGGGACAGAAACCAAGUUUGGCGGCUCGCCAAGUCCCAAUGGACCCGGUGAAAUCAUGAUGAACGGUCGCCACGUUCUCAUGGGGUACCUCGACGAACCAGAAAAGACUCUGGAGACCCUCGACUCUGAAGGCUGGCUGCUCUCCGGAGAUAUCGGCAGGCUCGAUAGCCGCAACUUGCUGUACAUCACUGGCAGAAUCAAGGAGCUACUAAUAACAGCCGGUGGCGAAAAUGUAGCGCCAGUGCCCAUCGAGCAGAUAGUCCAAGCGGAGCUGCCACAUCUUGGAUAUGCGGUGCUUAUCGGCGAUAAACGCAAGUUCCUCUCCAUAAUCGUCACGCUCAAGGCCAAACUGAACACGGAUACAGGUGCAGCUCUGGACGAUUUAGAAAGCGAAACCAGAAAAUGGGUGGCUGGUCUAGGCAGCCAGGCUACCACAAUUAGUGAAAUUUAUAAAUCUAAGGAUCCAGCAGUACAUAAAGCAAUUGAAGAAGGCAUCAAGCGAGCAAAUAAAUACGCCAUUUCUAAUGCACAAAAGAUACAGAAGUUCGCUAUCCUCCCUGCUGAUUUCUCGUUAGCAUCUGGAGAAUUAGGGCCUACGCUUAAAAUUAAGAGGAGUGUGGUGUAUGAGAAAUAUAAAGAUAUUAUAGAAGGAUUUUAUAAAGAGUAAAUUAGGUAAUUCUUUUAGAAUGUAGGGAAUUGGAAUGUAAAUUAUAAAUUAUGAUAAUAAUUGUGUUGCUCAAUUAAUUAGGGACUUAAUGUGAUUCAUAUUAAUUGUAGGGGUAUACAUAGCUUAUAUUUUUGUUACGUAAAAAUUAAAUUUUAUAAAACUGCUUUGACUGUUUAAUUUAAAAACAAAUUAAUGGAUUAUAUUUUUAUUUUACUUAAAACUAAUAAAUUCAAUUGCAAUGAGUAAUGUAAUUAUAGUAAAACUUAUUUAUAUUACACAAUUUAAUUAUAAGAAAAUUGGUACUAUGAUUUUAUAAUAGGUGCAAAUAUUAUUGAUCAAUAAAUAACACAAUUGAAAACUAUACAAAAUAAUACUCGUUAUUUUUACUUACACUAUUAAAAACUUUAUUCCUAUAUACAUAAAGAUCUCCUUUUAUUCACUUUCGUAGUUCGUUCUACAGAUAUGCUAGACAUUUCACAUCAAUACCAGUAUCUGAUGUAUAGUCCACUAUAUCGAGAUAUAAUCGUCCAAAUUGACAAAUUUUACAUAACAAUAUUACAAUAUCCCUGUCUGGGGCGUAGCGCAAAUGUGAAGUUUACUUCUGGGUAACGAUAUUUUUUACACUUGGCGUAUUUAAUAAGCAAAUUAGUGUCUUUACUGAAAUCAAUCACUUAAAUAAUAGACAAAAAGUAAUAA